AUGGUCGAUGGUCGGAAAAGGCGUUAUCUUCAGGCGGACUGCCCACCAGUCCGGAAGUUCUACCUCCCUACUCGACGGACUCAUCAACAGAGGAUUCAGCUGUUGGUAAUGCACGUCCCCGAAGGUCUCAAAGAUGAGGGUCCAGGGUCCAUCGAGGAAGGUGACAAGCCGUCGAAUGACGAUGCCUCUUUUACUGCCAUCAUCCAGCGGCUUAGCCUCGAGAACGAGAAGCUCAAGAGUGAGAUUGGUCGCCUUCAGCGGCAUGCGCACACCAUAACCCAUACAUAUACCCAUUGGGCAGCGCAAUACCGGACGCUAGAGCAGGAGACUGCACAGCAAGAACGCUCUAUAGCGAGCCUGCAAGAGAGACUACGUGUCGCAAGGGACGAUAUCUCGCAGGCGAUUCGGGUGCUGCAGCGGCACCAGUCCACCCGUCCCCACUAUAAAACCUCGGGAGGCACUGGCGCUGGAACAGCUCCUUUCUGCUGA